GUCAGCGUCCUGCUGCGCGCGCGCCUUGCUUCAAAACACUCAGGCAGGCAGACAGAGGCGCGCGUGCAGCAGGACGGAUCGCUUGGUUCCGCGUGCAGCAGGAGUAGUAGUUUGAAUUCACAGAAUAAGACCCCGCUUCUUCUUCUGUGGUGGUUUCUUCUCCAACGUCUCCGAGCCUGGGAUGCGUGCGCAGCGGUAGCUUUCUGGGACUUUUAAACGAGGGUCGCGUGCGUGACUUUUUCUCGGAUGUCACAGUGACCACCGCUGCCAUGGACACGAACAACAACAACAACAACAACAACAACAACAACCCAGGAGGCGUGAUCUCCUACGUGGGCUCCUCCGCAGGCUCUCCCACUCGGACCAGUCCGGUCUCCAUGUACAGUGAGAACUCCAACUCCCAGUCCUUCUUCACCUCCUCCUCCUCCCUCACCCUGCCCUUCCUCAGCUCCGGCUCCAGCUCAGGGUCGGCCGGAGACGACGGGUCCUCCUCGGCCUCCUCCUCGGGGGGAGGCUCGCCUCGAGGCCGCGACGACGGCGGCUCUCUGAGGACGUCGCCCAGCAAGUCUGUGGCCAGUCUGACCAAGCUGAACGGCAUGGUGCUGCUCUGUAAGGUCUGCGGCGAUGUCGCCUCGGGUUUCCAUUACGGCGUGCACGCCUGCGAAGGCUGCAAGAGGGAGGCGGAGCUCUGGCAGCCCAACCGCUGCCCAAACGGUUACCAUGCCAACGGCCUCAACACCAUCUACCACCACAAUAACAACCUGGCCACAGAGCGCUACCUACCGGAAAACAGCCGCACGCAUCUUCACCGUAGCAACGGGAGGCAGAGCCAGCAGAGCGGCCCCGCUGGUCAUGUGACCCAGGAGCAGCGCUGUCCGGUGAAGAAGCAGACGGGGAUCGUGCUGGCUUGUCCAAUGAACAUGCAGCCUCACGCCGACCCCUCGAAGACCCCGCAGCAGAUAUGGGAGGACUUCUCGCUGUCCUUCACGCCCGCCGUCAGGGAGGUGGUAGAGUUCGCCAAACAUAUCCCAGGAUUCAGCGGUCUGUCCCAGAACGACCAGGUGACCCUGCUGAAGGCCGGCACCUUUGAGGUGCUGAUGGUGCGUUUUGCGUCGCUGUUUAACAUGAAGGAGCAGACGGUGACGUUCGUCUCCGGCGCCACCUACAACCUGCAGGAGCUGCGGGCGAUGGGCAUGAGGGACCUGCUGGGAGCCAUGUUUGACUUCAGCCACAAGCUGGCGGCGCUGGAGCUGGACAGCGAGGAGCUCGGACUCUUCACCGCCGUGGUGCUCGUGUCAGCAGACCGCUCCGGCAUCGAAGACGUGGCGUCGGUGGAGCAGCUGCAGGAGAACCUGAUCCGCGCUCUUCGCUCGUUGGUCAACAAGUCGCCCGUCGCCCCGGAGAGCGAGCACCUCGACGUGGACUCGCCACGCUUCACCAAACUGCUGCUGAAGUUGCCAGAUCUGCGGACGCUCAACAACAUGCACUCUGAGAAGCUGCUGUCCUUCCGCAUCGACGUUUGAUGACAUCACCGCGAUGUCACCGCAUCGCCACGCUCUCCAGCCCUUAACAUCGCAGCGUCAUCCAGACCGCAUCGGACUGGCGGGAUGAUGAUGUCAUCAGCAGAACUUUUCAAAACAUGCGUCUCCCCGCCAAAAUAAAAGUCUGCUUUAAAACAGCUGGUUGAUGUUUUAAAGGAGCAGGCUGCCAUUUUUAAACCACGUUAUUUUAACCUGUGUAAGCCCGAACCGUUAGCUUAGCCUCGCCAGCCCAGUUCUUUGACUUCACUGGAGCGUCGCCAGCAGGAAGUCUGUGGAGCGUGAAGGACGUGGACGGUCAGACACAUUUCAGCCGAGUACGCUAACUGACGAGCUCACACAGAAGAAACCUGUUGGUCCAGCUUCACUUCCACUUCCUGUUGAUGUCAUCAUUCUGUCUGAUUUUAGCUUUGUUAACGUUCAUGAUGCGUUCAGACGCUUUUAAUUUGAAAGUUUUCCCAGCUGAAAACAGAUGCACACUAAAAGUAGCUCUUUCAAACGUCUGGACGCAUCCAGCAGCUUUUAAUGAUUUUAAGGACUUUGGGAUCAGCUGCUUCGAUUUUCAGCGGUCGGCGAUCUCUGACUGCGGCGGCGUCCGCUUCCACUCUGCAGGAAACAGAAACUCUUUCAGUACGAACUGAUUCAUCCUGAACUUCCAAACUGUGGAACGCCCUUAUGACUCCACCCACUACAGAGGUGGAGGAGGCGGGGCGUGACCUGCCUCAGACAAACCUUGUGCAGCUGAUGUAAAGAAACUGUACAUAGCCAUGAACACAAAGAUCCAGAUAUACUUGAACUGUUUGCCCUGAGAUCUGUUGUACACGACUAUUUUUGGUUAAUAUGAAUAUGCCUGUGCAGAUAUCGUGACUAUUAAAGUAUGUACGAGCGAGGAAGUGCGCCUGAUGAAA